GAAUAAUUUCCUCUCACCCGGGGCGGGUCUUCUCGUCGGGGUCUCUUCCCCCUGGUGCAAACAUGAUCAGUGUUGGCGUCGGGACGAGGACAGGCAUCCCGCAAGGAUCCUGCUCGGCGUCCAGGUCGGACGUCGAGAGAGACGAGAUCGUCCUGCGAAGGAGGCAGAAGCAGAUUGACUAUGGGAAGAACACUGUGGGCUACCAGCUCUUCUGUCAGCAGGUCCCCAAGGCUGCUCGGCAGCCAGGAGUGCACCCUCAAACUCCGAACAAGUAUAAGAAAUAUAGCCGCCGUUCUUGGGACAUGCAGAUCAAGCUGUGGAGACGAGCUCUGCAUGCCUGGGAUCCUCCUAGCAGGUAUCCUGCUCAAGGUGAACAAGGAGUUCUGGAAGAUGCUUCCGUCUGUUGCCCUAGGUGCCUACUCGGUCCUGUAUAAGAAAGAUGCUCUUUGAGGGAAGGAAGAAGGGGGGAAAUCUAGUAAUGCUAAUCUUAGACACAUUCGAACCUGGGGAUCCUCCUCUGUGCUCUCACUUUUGCGCUCACAGUUGCACUUCCGUUCUCGGGCAGCUCAGGCUUAUUAUUAAAUGGAACAGGCUUAGUGUGCA